ACACUCACUCCCCAUCUUCCUCACGACUCACGCACACCGCACCGGCGAAACAGCAACCGAUGGCGGAGGAUGCGCACGACGCUGAAGCAAUCAAGAAAGAUGCAAAGGAAGCGUCGCUGCCGGAAGAUAUAGAGUCCCAAAUUAAAACCGCCAUGAGCUCUCGGGUCGCCUAUUUCAAGGAACAAGCCGAUUCUUUGACAUUUGAGAGCGUUCGGAGAUUGUUGGAGAAAGACUUGGGGUUGCAGACUUUGGCAUUGGAUGUGCAUAGGAGGUUCAUUAAGCAAUGCUUGCUGGAGUGUUUUGAUGGUAAGGAUGAUGGCAAUGCCUCCAAGAAUUCUGGUGAAAAAGUGGACAUAAACGUGAGUACAACUUCAGAAGUAGUAGGAUCACCUAAAGGGCGUCAACCAAAGAAAGAAGUAAAGGAACAAUGCUCCGAAGAUGAAGAGAAAAUGGAAGAUUCUCCUGUCUUUGGGCUUCUUUCUGGACACAAAACUGCUAAAACUGAGAGCAUCAAAACCGAGCAAGAAGAUGCUAAAGAAGUGUCUGAGGGUGAAAUAAAGAAAGCCAUCAGAAAGAGAGCUUCUUAUGUAAUAGCUAAUUCAGAUAAAGUUACAAUGGCUGGUCUUCGUCGACUUUUAGAGGAAGAUAUGAAACUUGAUAAACAUACGCUUGACCCAUACAAGAAGUUCAUUUCUGAACAGAUAGAUGAGGUGCUGAAGUCUCGUGAAGUUUCUGCCCCUGCAAGUGAGGCCAAGAAAAAUCUUAAGAAAGAUUCUCAGAUCAAAGCAUCUAGAAAGUCUAGUACCAAGAAGAGUUCUAAUUCAUCAGGAGAUGAGGAGGAGGAGGAGGAGGAGGAAGAAGAAGAAGACAAUGAAGAAGAUGAAGAAGAUGAAGAAGAUGAAGAAGAAGAAGAAGAAAGACCUAAAGGAAAAUUUGUUUCAAAAGGGAGACCUAAGAACUCUGAAGGGCAUAAAAAAAGGAAAAAACCUGAAAAGGAAACCAAGGUGCCAAGCAAGAAGAAAAUUAAGGCCGUGGAAAAAGUUUCUGAUGGUGAUAGUGAUGCAGAAGGUGGUGGGGUUGUUUCUGAAGAUAGUCACUCACGAUCGUCUGCUGAAAAAACGAGGAAAGAAGCUUCAACCCCGAUAUAUGGGAAACAUGUGGAGCAUCUAAAAUCUGUUAUAAAAUCAUGUGCAAUGAGUGUUCCUCCAGCAAUUUACAAGAAAGCCAAGCAAGCACCUGAGAACAAACGUGAAGCCGUCCUAAUAAAGGAACUGGAGGGUAUUCUUUCUAAAGAAGGAUUGUCACCAAAUCCUACAGAAAAAGAAAUAAAGGAAGUAAGGAAGAGAAAGGAAAGAGCAAAAGAACUUGAAGGCAUUGAUACAAGUAAUAUUGUAUCAAAUUCACGCAGAAGGUCCACAACCAGUUUUGUACCUCCCCCAAAGCCCAAAAUAACUGAUGCAAGUGACGACGAUGAUACUGAUGACGACAACGAUGACGACAACGAUGAUGAUGAUGAUGAUGAUGAUGAUGGAGAUAAUGAUGAUGAGGAGGAUGGUGGAGAUGAGGGUGAUGAUGAGAGCCAGAGUGAAGACUCCAAUGAUGAGGAAGAUGAAGACAGUGAUUGAAUCCUGCAUGAGGCAAACUUGCAAGAUGACUGGAGAACAGACUUGUCAAUUGUAGGCUGAUGAUGGUAUGCUGUAUUUUUGUAACUAUUUUAUUUAUCUUUUCUAUUUUGAUUUGGUGUGGGAACAGAUGGCCUUUGAUAGAGAAUGCUCUUCACUAUGCUUACUAGGAUUUUUUUUAGCUGAUCUCAAUGUCGUACCUUGUAGAAAAGAAGUCAGUGAUCAAUCUUAAUUCAUAGAAUGCUGUGUUGUGUUUUCGAUAUCUAUGUUGUGUUGUGUUGUGUUGAUGACAGUCAUUUCCCAUUUAUCAAGGCACUAGGAUUUAGAAAUUC